AUGUAUUUUGCUGAUUAUUUUCCAGAGACAGAAUAUGGUCAAUAUCAUAUUCAUUCAUAUUUUUAUAAACUGGAACAUUAUAAUCGUAUAAUAAAUAUUUUUCCAGGUGAAAUAUUUAAAUAUGUUUAUAAAACGUCAUUAUUUGAUAAACGCCCUUUUGAACAGGAAUUUUUUCUUCAAAUUACUCAAUCAUUUUCAUUGUUGGAAAUUUUGAUUGUAGUUAAUCAAAAACGAAAAAAUAAUAAACAGUAUAGAAAAUUCAAAAAUGAAAAUCAAGAUUUAUCAAUCAUUAAAUAUCCUGAUCGUAAAGAACUUCAUCUUGUUAUGGCUCAAAAAGAUUAUCUUGAACAAUUCUUAAUUGAUACUGAAACGUGUUUAUCAAAUAAUGUUUAUCUUCGUACGACUUAUUGA